AUGGCUUCGCCGGUGCCGAUGAAGCACAUCGACAGAGAGGAUCUCUACACCAAUCUGGAAGCCCGUAUCCAAUAUCUGCAUUCCUUCUUGGACUUCUCAAGCAAUGACAUUGAAGCGCUCAUCUCGGGCGCAAAAUACAUCAAGGCCCUGGUCCCGGCCGUCGUCAACAUUGUCUACCGCAAGCUUCUACAGUACGACAUCACCGCAAGAGCCUUCACAACCAAGAAUACAACGCAGGGCGGGGAGGUCGGCGAAACCCUCCACGAGGAUAGUCCCCAAAUCGUACACCGAAAGAUGUUUUUGCGCGCAUACCUCAACAAGCUAUGCUCGGAUCCAAGCAAGAUGGAAUUCUGGGAGUACUUGGACAAGGUUGGCAUGAUGCAUGUUGGACUCGGCAGAAAGCAUCCGCUGCACAUCGAAUACGUUCACCUCGGCACAUGUCUAGGCUUCAUCCAGGACAUCAUGACCGAGGCCAUCUUGUCGCACCCGCGGCUCCACAUGUACCGCAAGAUUGCGCUGGUCAAGGCUCUGAACAAGGUCAUUUGGAUCCAAAACGACUUCAUGGCCAAAUGGCACGUCAGAGAGGCCGAUGAAUUCGGCCUGUUGGAGUCGGACGUGCUUAUCGAGAAGGAGGGAUAUUUGCAUGGCAAGAAGAUUUUGGACGACAAGCUCAUGGCCGACGCCAGCGCGGGACUGCCAACGCCCACCCACUCCGAUGAACCCAAGAAGAGCCAGUGCCCGUUUGCGAGCAGUCUGCCUAUUCCAUCUCCCUUGAGGACCAGUAUUGAAGUAGACAGCGAGGACAUGAGCGUGCCCAUACCAGAAUCUCCCAAAGUUGAGGUAGAGGGUAGAUGA